AUGGCGGCCACCACGGAUCUUAGCAAGUACAAGUUCAACCACUCGAUGAUUCGAGUCAAGGACCCCAAGGAGUCUGUCAAAUUCUACGAAUUCCUUGGAAUGAGCGUCGUCCGCAAGCUCGAGUUCCCCGACGCCAAGUUUGACCUCUACUUCAUGGGAUACAACAACAAGGGCGCCGUUUCCUUCGGCAACUCGGCCGUUGACCGCGAGGGCGUCAUUGAGCUCACCCACAACUACGGCACCGAGAAUGACCCCAACUACACCGUCAACAACGGAAACAAGGACCCUCACCGCGGAUUCGGCCAUACCUGCAUUUCCGUCGACAACAUCCAGGCCGCCUGCCAGCGCAUCGAAGAUGCCGGCUACAAGUUCCAGAAGAAACUGACCGAUGGGCGCAUGAACCACAUCGCCUUUGUAUUGGACCCUGACGGGUACUGGGUCGAGAUCAUUGGCCAGAAGCCCAUCGAAGAGACCGCCGAGAUCAAGGAAACGGAUAACCACACCAUGAUUCGCGUCAAGGAUCCCCAAAAGUCUCUCAAGUUCUACCAAGAGGUCCUGGGCAUGUCCCUGUUCAGAACUCACGAGGCUGCCAGUGCAGGAUUCAACCUCUACUUCCUCGGCUACCCUGGAGACCAGGGUGUUCCUAAAGACGGCAAGACCAGCGACCGUGAAGGUCUCCUCGAACUGACCUGGAACUAUGGCACCGAGAAGGAUGAGAACUUUUCCUACCACAAUGGCAACGACGAGCCUCAAGGUUUCGGCCACAUCUGCGUCUCUGUCGAUGACUUGGACGCUGCCUGCCAGCGGUUCGAGGACCUCAAGUGCAACUGGAAGAAGAGGCUCACGGAUGGCCGGAUGCGCAACGUGGCUUUCUUGCUGGACCCCGACGGAUACUGGGUUGAGAUUGUCCAGAAUGACAGGUACAGCGACAAGAAUACUGUUUAG